CGUGGCCCAAAAAAGUCACGACGACCGUCACAUUGUCCAUAUCACAGAGACGGUUGAGCGAUAUAAAAUCCCAAAUCUAAUGGCCAUAAAACCAGGCGGUGAAACCAGACAGGAAAAGAAGGUUAUCCCCGUAUUACCCUCCCCCCACGCCACCCAACCCACUUUACCCUACCCCCAACUUCCCUCUAUCUAUCCACCAUCUUUGUCCUGUCUCUUUACAAAUUUCCUCUUCUGAGUUCGGGCCAUCUUCCCAUCCCCGGAAGUUGUUAAUUUAUCACUGAAUCCAGAACAUACAGAUCAAGGACACCGAUUUCAAUCUCGAUUUUGUUUCGUUUGGAUCAAUAUAAUUAUUAAAUUAUUGGAUUAUGAUAUAUAUUGGUAUCGGAAGAGAGAGAGCUUGACAGGGGGAAGGGUUGCGUAGUUAUGGGAUUGGGCGAUGUGGAUCUUUUGGAAGAUGGCGAGUCCGGAUUCGAAGGAGGGGGAGAAAAAGCGUCGGCAGCGGUUUCGUGCUCGAUUUGCCUCGAAUCAGUGACGGAUAAUGGGGAUAGAUCUCGGGCUAAGCUUCAAUGCGGGCACGAAUUCCACCUCGAUUGCAUUGGAUCUGCAUUUAAUGCAAAGGGGGCAAUGCAAUGCCCGAACUGCCGAAAAGUUGAGAAAGGUCAAUGGCUUUAUGCUAGUGGACAUCGAUCAUUGCCCGAGUUUAGCAUGGAUGAUUGGGCGCAUGAUGAGGACCUUUAUGAUCUAAGUUUCUCUGAAAUGUCAUUUGGAGUUCACUGGUGUCCAUUUAGCGGAUUAGCUCGUCUACCUUCAUCUUUGGAUGAAGGAGAUUUCACAUCAAGUGCAUAUCACGAUCUUCUUGGACAGCACCCUCUGUUUGCUGCUGAACACACUCCGGUCUCUUCGUCAACUCAUCAUCCGUGCCCAUACAUUGCAUAUGUGGGUAUUCACCCAACAUCCUCAAGUUCAAGUGGGACUGUCUCAGACGGUGGUCCCAAUUUCAAUAGCCACUGGAACAGUUCUGCAGUUCCAAAUGAAAUUCCAGCAACCUAUGCUUUUCCUGGAAUGGAUGCUCCUCUUGGCUGGGAGUGGGAGCACCCCUCAUCUUCUUUCCCAACAAGUAGCAGCCGGAUUGGUAAUGCUGAACAACCACCUUCGGUUCCCUCUGCUUCUCAUAGAGCUCCUAGAACAAACUCUGAGAUACCACCAAGGCCUGGAUCCUUUGUCCAUCCAUUCCUUGUCAGUCACAGCUCUGGUCGACCUGGGAGUUCAGUAGCCUCACCAAUGGUUCCUCCCUACCCUGGGAGUGUUGCCCGGGCUCGUGACCGUGUCCAGGCUCUUCAAGCAUAUUUUCAGCAGCAACCCAGCAACCCGUCAGCAGUACGGACGCCGGUCGUAUCAGGAGGAACUCGGAGAUCCAAUGGACACAGGGGGAUUCACAUGCAACAGGUUCCAUCAUCCUCAUCUGAUCACCACCACCUCCACCACCACCAUCAGCCUGCCUCCGCUGCAGGAGGGUUUUACUUCUAUCCAUCAUCAUCUGCUGCUGCAGCUGCUGCUUCAUCUGGAAGAAGCUUCCAAGAAGCAACAGAGAGCCCUUCACCCAUCCGGUAUCGUGGUUGGGAGCAGCGAGAACAUACAGGUCCAGCCUUCAACAGCUUGCCACCACAGGUGGAAAGAGAUCCUAUUUGGGGCCCGUUUUACCACCAAGCAUCAGCCAGUGGGUCGGAUUCUUCUACGAUCAGAUCGUCUGGUAACUUCCGCCAGAGACAUGGAUCUGAUAGGAUGCCGUCUCAGAACCGGUAAUAGGUCUGAUCUUCCAUUACUCUCUAUCUAUGGCCGAAACAAUUAUUUAUGUUUUUUCUUGGUUUUUUGAGAAAACCGUUGUACUGGCUUGGCUGGCUGUGUGUAGUCUGUCUCUCAAAGACCACCAGGGCAGAUAUCUAAAACUGUCAUUCGUCCAUUCCAGCAGCAGGCCCCGGCUUGACAGUUGUGCCAUCCUCUUUCCCAGUUUCUUUGUGCCCCCAAAAAAGGGGUAUAAAACAUUACCAUAUAUUUAAUGGCGGAACAGUAAGUGUGCACUUGCACAAGUGGUUGGUUACCUUUCAUCUUGUUGAGUGUUUGAUCUGUAUUGGGGAUUCUUGUUUGCUUGAUUUUCCUUCUCAUGUUAUCACCUAUAAUGAAUUCUAUAAUCUGAAAUGGGAAAAUGGAUUGCAAUCUCAACUCUCAACCCAUACGUUUUCAUUUUAAAUAGAGCAAUAACAAUUUACAAUAAAGUUCUGCGGGG